AUGAUUAAAGAACAAUAUCUUAGCAAUUAUGGUUAUUCAAAGGAAGCAAAAUUGACGCCUGGAUUAAGCGCGUCAGCCAGUAGUUUGAAUUUGCAACAAAGUCUUGCAGCUAACUUUCGAGAUAAUCUCAAGAAAUUUCAAAAGUUUACGGGUUUAAAACCAACAGGUAUAUUAGACCAAGCAACUAAGAAUAAAAUGCUCGAAAAACGAUGCGGUCGUCCAGAUAUAAUGGAGCUGCGACUAGGUUAAUU